AUGUGAUAGCUCUUUUUCCAGUCUCGUGACACGAAAGUGAUGAUUACAGAGACAAAAUCUAUUCUGAUCCGCUAAAGUCUAAGAAAUAAAAAAACAUGCAAGCACCACAAGUAUCUCUUAAGGUUAUAUUUACCGUUCAUUUCGUAUUAACAGUAUGGUCUGGUAUGUGCGUUUUUCCAACAUCGUACUUGUUGACACAAGGAGUAAUUUUGGCUUUUGAAUUCUGGGCUAUUGUUAACAGUGAAAAUCCAGAACCUAUUCAAAUGGGUUUACUAACUCAAUUAGUUAGCAUCGUUUUGGAUAUUGUUAUGAUAUCUGUUCAUUCAAAUAACUAUAAUUAUAGUUUAGCCCGUUUUUGCCUUGCCAUGGCCGUAAUUAAUUUAAUCAUUAAGCCUUUUACCGGCUUUGUUUUAUAUCGUAUUUAUCAAGAAAGAGGGGGUACCCAACCAGGACAGUAUGAAAAUAUUGAUCAGAGAAACGAGAUAGAAACAGCUUCCCCACACGAAAUUAUUGAUAAAGUACCUUAG